UUACUAGCGCUGCCAUUUUCGUUUUGUGGCACGGUUGUAGCGGCGGUCGAAGUGAUUUAACUAUUGAUAACUUUAUGUUAUUUUCAAUCGCAAUAGCUCUAAAAGACAUUGAAUUUUGUGUUUUAAUCUAGUGAAAUUACUAGAAGACAUAGUUAGAUGUGCUAAUUAUAUGUAAUUGUUGACUUCCUUCGGUGGAUUUGUGAUGUCCAGAAGGUAGCCACAUCGCCAUGCCGCUGCCGAAGCGGUGCGUGGAGCCGGUACACGUGUCACGUGGCACUGUGCCGGAGCGACUGGCCGUGCCGUCGGAGCUCGAAGCCGUCACUAAUGGCACCCUUGCAAAUACUGUCAGGCAGUUAUCCUCAUUGUCGAAACAUGCGGAGGAUAUGUUUGGUGAGCUGACGCGAGAAGCGACCGGCCUCGCUGAACGAACAAACAUUUUGCAGGCGAGGAUAGACAGGCUUGCUGUUAAGGUUACCCAAUUGGACUCUGGGGUGGAGGAAGUUUCUCUCCAAGAUAUACAAAUGCGAAAAGCCUUCCGCUCGACGCGUACGUUCCAACAGCAAUUGUUUGCGCGUACCUCAAUGCCGUCCGCCAUGUUGGCGACGUACGCGCGUUGUGAUCGCCCUCCGCCCCUGGAACGGCUCAACGAGUUUCGCGAUGAUGGAAGGGAUGCGAGGAAGUUCUACACUGAUCCGGAUUACUUCUUUGAGCUAUGGAGACGGGAGAUGCUGCAGGAUACGGAAAGAAUUCAGCAUGAUAGGGGGAAGAAGGUGCGUCAGCCCCGUGCCAACAACACAGAAGGGCGUGGCACUCGGCGGGUGAGAGUCCCGCAUUCGACUCGCGACAGGCAAAAGGCGGAAGUCGUGAAUCGCGGUGAACACAUAAUGGCCCCUACGCAACUGCGACGGUACAAUAUUGAACCGCAGUAUCGGCCCGAAGCUUUAUACCAAGCUACAACAGUGACGGACGGUGGUUAUCGCACGCCGCAGACUCGUGCUCCAAGCGUACAACCAGCUCGGCCUAAUUCCAUUGAAAUAGAGAACCAGCAGAAUAGGCCUCCGCGUCUUACUGGAAAUGGACAUGUGGUGAACGAUGAGAGUCCAUAUGGUCCAGUGGAGUCAAUCUACGGAGGGAGUAUUGCUGGUACGCCACGACGAGCGCGGCCUUCCAUCCCACCACCGGCACCACCUGCGCCUACCCAUAACGAAGUUAAUACACCCACUAGAUCGAGUCUGCCGCCGCCCCCACCACCACCUGAGAGCGUUUCUCCUCCGCCGGUCAACGGCGCCUCACCACCUCAUCGCACGGCCCUCGACGCGCAUCUGGACCAUAUGCACGCGGUCAUUGGCAUGAUGUCAUCCGAAGAGAGUCCGAUAGCAGCGCCUACCCCUCCUCCAGCUCCACUGGCUCCACCCGCCCCGCCGCCGCCUGAAGACCGGCCACGCCCUCCGUCACCAGCCACUCUGCUGCGAGGAGCCUCCGCCCUGAAGCCUCCCACGCUGGACAACCAUCCUGCGCCCGAUCCACGCUCCGAUCUCCUCAAAGCGAUACGGGAAGGUAUAAAACUCCGCAAGGUUGACAAGCGUUGCGAGGAGAAUGUGGGCAAAUACGAUACACUUCGGGGCGCACCCGCUUUACACGACGUGGCGUCUAUUCUGGCUCGUCGAGUCGCCGUGGAACAGAGCGAUUCCGAUGAAGAAGACGAUUCCGACCUAGACGACGACGAGUGGGCCGACUGUCGCGCGUGACGUUGCGCCACCCCGCGGAAUGACGCGAAUUACAAGCCGGACCAAGAGAAAAUCUACGAAACACAGAAAAUAACAAAGCCCGAUGACAAAGUAUAUGAAACACAGAAAAUACAAGCCAAACCAGACGAUAAAGUCUACGAAACACAAAAGAUUCAAGUGAAACCUGAUGAUGCAAUCGUCUAUGAAACACAGAAAAUUGAAAUGAAGUCCGACAGCCGAAACUCUUUCAAGAUCGACAAAGUCAAAGACUCCCCCAGAAAUGAAGUCGCCGUCCCUGUAAGGAAGAGCAGCCUCAAGAAAAUCAACGAUGUCUCUCCUCCUCAGGAACCGCUACCUUCACCCCCCGUAAAAGCCAGAGAAAGUUCCCCAACUGUGAAAGAAAUUGCCAAAAAUUAUUCACCUCCCACCAAUUCUCCUAUUAAUAAGGAUGUACUGUCCCCUCCUUUUAAAAAUACUGUCGCUUCGCCCCCAUGGAGCAAAGUCUCUCCUUUUAGAAAGGAAAUACACUCCCCUUCACCCGUUAGUAGCUCCAGUUCACCUCCAAGCACUAUUCUAAAGCCUAUCAAAGACACGCCUAAGGAAGAAUGUAUCAUGCCUCCUAAAGUGAAAAGAGACUCUGUUACUGCCAAGGAUAUUCCCAAAACAGAUAAAUUGUCACUGCCAAAUACAAAUGAUACUAACGAAAAUGAUUUAAGUAAUAUAGAUAUUGAAAAGGCGAAAAACGAGGACACGAAUGGCGUGGGUGAUAAGAUUAAAAUUUUUGAAAAGGCUGCAGAAGAAGCUGGAAAAUUAUCUCGACCGGGCUCCAUGCGUCGAGCAAGAGUUGAUAGAAUAGGAUCGGACAGUAAAGAAGAUCUACCCCCACCGGCCACUCCAUUCAAAGACAAUAUCUUCUUUGAAAUCGGGAAUACAGAAAAAAACCCUCCAGCAAACGAACCCCCGCCUGCAAAACUCGAAAGACAGCUGAGCGUCAAAUGUUCAACAAUGAGUAAUAAAUGGCAACGCGGCAGCAACUCCCUUGAAGAGAAAAUUCAAAAACCGGAACCGAAAAUCAUCAAACCGGAGUUUAAACCUAUGCCAUCCCCGAUAGAUUUAACAAUCCGUUCUCCAAGUAUUGUUGGUAAGAUUCCAGAACAGUUUCCCUCGCAUGGCACAGCAUUCCGAAACGUCGCCUCGCCUGACACUUCCCGAAACAAACCCACAGAAGACCAAUUCAAGACGUGCAAAGUAAAAAAUAAAGAAAAGUACUCCGUGAGCAAGGGAUCCAGCUACUUCACGAGGGGCUCGGAAGAGAUUUGGCUCGUGAAGAAGAAAGAUAUAGAGGAAAUUGAGGAGCGGGUGUUGGACUCUUUCCGUCGGGCAGGCGGUAACUUCUGCAACCGAAGUGAGUCUGUGCGUCCCUCCUCCGAUGGCGGCCAGUCGUUCCCGCACGCAACAAUGGGACGGAACAAACGUCAGACGUACGGAAGAAGCGAGUCUUUGGACCCACAAUGGGCUGGGAAUAGGUCGCAGACGUUAAAACGGCAGACCUCUGUGGCGUGCACUUGUGGCCAUGAUAAGAAAGCAAGGUCAAAAAGCGCGGGUUCCGAUGCGAGUCGGCAACGGUCCAAAAGUCAUGGAGAUGAUCAAAGCCAAGUCUUGGACAAGUAUGAGACACUGGUGUAAUUUGUGAUAGUCGAGAUUCGGCAGAGUUUGAAGUAGAUCAGAGUGAAUGGUGAAUUAAGUAAAGUAUUAUGUCGGCCAAUUAUGUCAUCGCCUCAGGCAUGUAGAGUAGAUCAUUGUAAUUCUUAGGUCAUCGUAUUUUGUAACAUGUGCAUAUUGUGCAUAUGCCUUGCCAACCAGAAUUUAGUAGCAGUUAAUAAUAUAUUUGGAAUUUUAUGUUUUACAUCAUAAUUCAACAAAAAAAAAAUACAAAUGUUUACUAGUAAAAAAUACCUAAAUUUCUUGUUUACAUCACGAUCAAAUAAACGGUUAUUAAGAUUGUAAAUUAUAAUUGGAUAGCCUUGUAUAGGUUUGGGCUUUUUAAAAAAAGUAAAAAGUGCUAAUAAUUAACUACAAUCAUUCUAUAAAUAAUUCCUAAUUUUUUAAACAAUUUGAACUAUAGAACAUGCUUCCGAUACAUGUUGUAUUGGUGACUGAUAACACAUAUUCUAUAUCAUAGACAAUCUAUGAACUUCCAUUGUUUAGCCAUUGUUCAAUAUCCUCCCACCUAAGCACAAUCAGUAUGAAUGGUGCUUCGCUUGUUAAAAUAUUUUUAAAAAUUAUUUUAUUAGCGGUUGUGAAAAUAUGUUUCAGAUUUUUAUAUUAAUUUAUGGCGUGAAUUGUUGGGAUGAUAUAUUUGAGGCAUUGCUAGUCUUUUAAUUUGACUAUAUAAUUGACAUUAGUAGACUGAAAACUGAAACAUCAGGUCGGGUUGAGGGCAGACGACAACGUUAUUUCAGAAUUCAGCCAAUUUCAUUAUGACAACAUUUUAGUUUUAAAUCACAAUAAUCUAAGUAACUGCAUGUUUAGUGCCAAUUAUCACAAAGUAUCCAAUACUUCCAUUAUCAAAUAGAAAUCGGUCCAUUUAGAAGGAUUAUUAAAGACUAUAUUUAAUUAUUUAUGCAUUCCAUAUUUUGGUUUGUUCUUGCAACCACUCUUGGUUUGUUAUAAACGGUAACAGGAGCAACGAAUGUGUACCAAAUUUAUGUGUAGACUUGUAUGUAGUUAGCCUUAAGUUCAUCUAAGUACCUUUUAUGUAUAUGCAACAAAUUCUACCUAUAGCAUUUAUAAUAAGUGAAGAUCAUCAAAUUUUAAGGCGCCCUGGCAGAGUUGUGGCAUUUUGUAAUCUAUUUAGAAUAUAACCUCUCGAAAUUUUUUAUAUCCGUAUGUUAUAUAGCUGUCCAAAUAUUCCCAAAUAAUUGUAUAAUCGUUAGGUAACGCUAUCUGAUACUGCGUUAAGCAAUACACCAUUGUAUAACGUUUUGUAGUAUACACUGUAUGAUCACGAAUAGUUAAGAAAUGUAAAGUAUAGAUAAGUUAAAGCAUGUUUUAUAUCAUGUAGAUUAUGUAAACGCAUCUAAUUGCCAUGUGUUGGCGUACGCUAAUUAUUUAUUUGCAAUUUUUAUCUUAAUGUUUUUAAUUUUUAAUGUUUAUAUUAAUUCAAUGGCAAUGUCGUUGUAAACACUGAAAUUAUACGUUUCGUUAUUUGCGCCAUUGUUUUGUCGUUUUAAAAAUAAUGCUAUGUAAUUUAACCAAGCUUUUGAAAUUAACUAAUUUUAAAUAUUUGAAUACAAAUUGUAUGUGGUACUUUGUGUGAGCAUUCGUAUUUUUAAAAUGUACAAAACAAUCUGUAAAACCUAAAGUGCUUUGUAUUCCGGAUUAGCGUCAUUUCUAUUAAGAGAAUAUUUUAUAUCUUGUUUAUUUGCUAAUAAUAUAAUAAAAUCAUUAAAAAUA